AGACUGCUUCAAGUGGGUUUGGAAGCUGGCUGUGCCUCUGCUCACACCCCUGCGGCCGCCGAAUCGAAUCAUCGCGCGCGCGCCCACCUAUAUAUGCACCAGCACCACCACACGCGGCCCCAAAAGCUGCACGCGUCUCCUCUUCCAAAGUCCAACUGGUACGAUUACGGAAGGCAGAGAUGCUACUGCACAGGCACGGGCUCCUCUGCUGCGUGUGCGGGGGCAGCGCCACUGCGACCGUCACCACCGGGGGGCGAGGAGCCUCUGUGGACGCUGCUGAUCAGUCCAGCGCCAAGAACCCGACCGGCAAGAUGGCCGCCACCGCGAUCGGGACGGCGAGGCAGCUGACGUGGGCCCAGGUGGAGGCCAUGACGGGUGGCUUCACGUCGGCCGUCGUCGGCGAGGGCGGCUUCAGCACCGUCUACCUCGCCCGCCUAGCCGGCUCCCUCGCGGCCGUCAAAGUCCACCGCAGCAGCGAGCGCCUCCAUCGCGCGUUUCGCCAGGAGCUCGAAGCCCUCCUCCGCGUCCGACAUCCCCAUAUAGUCCGCCUCCUAGCCUUCUGCGACCAGCGAGACGAAGGCGUGCUCGUGCUGGAGUUUGCUCCGAACGGGAACCUGCACGAUCAGCUCCACGGCGGAGGCAAGGGCGCCGGGUCGAUGCCGUGGGUGCGGCGAGUGUCGGUGGCGCUGCAGGUGGCCCGCGCUCUGGAGUACCUCCACGAGCGGUGCGAGCCCCAGGUGGUGCACGGCGACGUGAAGGCUUCGAACGUCCUGCUCGACGCGGCCAUGGGCGCCAGGCUCUGCGACUUCGGGUCGGCGCGCGCGGGGUUCUCGGCGGCUGUACACCCGCGCCCGCGGCCCUCGGCCCUCUCCGUGCUCGGGACCCCCGGGUACGUCGACCCGCACUACCUCCGCUCCGGCGUCGUCACCAAGAAGAGCGACGUGUACAGCUUCGGGGUGCUGCUGCUCGAGCUGCUUACCGGCGUGCAGGCGUUCUGCGACGGCCGGCUCCUGACGGCGGCCGUCACGCCGAAGAUUAACGCAGUCGGUUCAUGCGACGUUGGCAAGCUCGUUGACCAAAGGCUGGGGUGCAAGUACGACGCCGGUGAGGCUGCAGUCUUGGUGGCAUUGGCCGCGGCUUGCGUCCGCGAGAACCCGAGCCUCAGGCCGUCGAUGGCCGACGUGGUACGGACCCUGGAGCAGAACGGGCAGGCCUCGAUCUCGUCCGUCGGGAGAAGAUCGGACGGUGUACGAAAGCUGUAAUUUCCGAUAGCCGUGACAAGGGAUGGCGAUGUUGGCUGGUCGGGGAUCAGAUGCUCAAAUCUGACGUGGCGAGCAUUGUGACCGUAGGAUGCGAUUGCUGCCCCUAUCGGGUUGGUGAGGAACAAGCACUAGUGCACAGGCCUACCAAAACGACCAGGCAUAAGGUUGGUAUGGACAAGGACUCUGUGGAGCAAAGGUAAGCAAGAUCAUGUGGGUAAGAUUGAUUUUUUCUUCUUCCUUCUUUACCUUCAUCUCAUCUUUUUUUUUUUUCUCCUUCCUCUUUCUUCCUCGUCCACAUCUAAUUUUCAAUAGAGUUCAUCUUUCUCUUUUUUUUUCUCCUUCCUCUCUGUUCCUCCUCCACAUCUAAUCUUCAAUAGAGUUCUAGCCGGUAGGGUACCAACUUCAAUAAGAUAAACUAAGGUGAUCCACUUUUCAAUUCGGAUACGUACAUAAGAGAGUUGCUUCUUCCAUAUUGGUUUGUGUUGCGUGUAUCUGUAUGGGCUAAAUUAGUUGUUUUUUCCUUCUGGCUCCUGCCAUAAGCACACGAUUGUAUAGAUUCUGUAUAUAUUUGUUCAAUGGAUAAGAUUUUGCUCA